AUGGCUAUUAAAGAUGUAAUUGAGCGUUCGUAUAAGCAACCAAUUUUGACUUUAAAGUCAGACAUCAAUAAUGAAUAUACAUUUCUUCGAUUAAUAGGGACAGGUUCGGUCGGACGAAUGUAUUUAGCCCGGCAUAACACAACCGACGAAAUAGUUGCUAUAAAACAAAUGUCAAAAUCUACUUUGAUAAAACAUAAACAAGUGGCUCACUUGAUUAACGAAAAACAGGUGUCUCAAUAUAUACGCCAUCCGUUCAUUACUAGAUACCUUGGAUCGUACAAGAAUUCACGUUUUCUAUAUCUAAUUUUAGAGUUCAUACAAGGGGGUGAUUUUUACACUCAUUUGCGAAAUCACAAAAAGUUUUCAGUUGCAGACGCUCAGUUUUACUCUGCUAUAGUGGUAACUGUUUUUGUUUAUUUGCAUAACUUAAAAAUAAUUUACAGAGAUUUAAAACCGGAGAAUUUACUACUUUCCACUGACGGUUAUAUAAAAUUUACAGAUUUCGGAUUUUCUAAGCUAAUUGUUGAUCGAACAUAUACUUUGUGCGGUACGCCUGAGUAUCUGGCUCCCGAAAUUUUGUUGUCAAAAGGUUAUAGUUUUGCAGUAGACUGGUGGACUUUGGGAAUAUUUAUUUAUGAAUUAAUGACGGGCGUAACUCCUUUUGCCGCAUCUAAUGUUAUGUCAACGUAUCAAAAAAUUCUCCAGGGAAAAAUUAUUUUUCAAGCCGGUUUUGAUCACAAUGCUAAACAAUUAAUUAAAAAAUUAUUGGCUCACGAUUUGUCUAAAAGAAACAGUCUCAUAUCAAAUGGUGCUCUGGGAGUUAUCAAUCAUCCUUUUUAUAGUACAAUAAAUUUUCGAGACUUGAUAGAAAAGCGAAUAACCCCACCUCACGUUCCUAAAGUCAGUUCUCCAGACGACACAUCUCAUUUUGGGCAUUUCGACGCUGUCAAUGAAGAAUGCUCACCUAUCCCUUACGAUUCUGAUCCUUUUAAGUAUUGGUAA